AUGGCGGGCGCAAAGAAACCCGUCAAUAUUUUUCAGCUCAAAAACCUGGGCGAUCCCAAACAGGUCUACAACUGGAGACUAUGGCUCGCUGUCAUCUCUUUCGGGCUCAUGGGCGCUGCUCGAGGUGUCGAUGAGGGUUUGAUCUCCGGCGCUUCAACUCGAAGGAUUUCCAGAGAACCAUCAACUACGAUUCGUACAAUUGGCUCCGUCGGCGGUGCUCUCUUUGCCUUCUUAGUUUGCGAUCGCAUCGGCCGUCUCUGGGCUACUCGUCAGCUCUGUGUCUUGUGGAUCGUCGGUAUUGCCAUCUUUAUGGGAGCUAACGGCAACCUGGGUGCUAUCUAUGCGGGUCGCUUCGUUGCUGGUUUGGGUGUCGGUCAGACCGUUGUAGUCGGCCCUGUGUAUCUUGCGGAAAUCGCCCCCGCAUCGGUCCGUGGUCUCUGUACCUGUGUCUUCACUGGCUUUGUCUACCUCGGUAUCGUCCUUGCCUACUUCACCAACUAUGGCUGCCAGGUGAACCUCGGAGAUAACACACACAAGCGCUGGGAAGUGCCUACCAGUCUGCACAUCAUCUUCGCCGGACUCAUCUUCCUCCUUUCCUUCACCCAGUAUGAGUCCCCUCGCUAUCUGGUCAAGAAAGGAAAGUAUGAGGAGGCCCUGAGGAACUUGUCGCGUGUCAGACAUCUCCCAGAGGACCACGAGUACGUUGUCGAGGAGAUCACCGCCAUCCGGAACUCGCACGAGGCUGAGAUGGAAGCUACGAUGGGAUCCGGCCCUAUGGGCGUGAUCAAGGAGGCCUUCCUGGUUCCCAGCAACCUGUAUCGUCUGUACCUCGCCCUGAUGGCUCAGCUCUUGUCCCAAUGGUCAGGUGCCGGUUCGAUCACCCUGUAUGCUCCCGACCUGUUCGCCUUGCUCGGCAUCACCGGGUCCAACGAAUCGCUCCUGAUCACCGGUAUCUUCGGUAUCGUCAAGUUGGUUGCCGCCAUCAUUUGUGCCCUGUUCCUGGUCGACGUCAUUGGCCGCAAGCGCUCGUUGCUUAUCGGUAUCACGUUCCAGGCGAUCUCCAUGAUCUACGUGGCCGGUUUCCUCACCAGUGUCCCGGAUAUGGGCGUCGACGAGAACUUCGUGCUCCCGGCAAACAAGCUGGGCGCCAGCCGAGGCGCGAUCGCGAUGAUCUACAUCUCCGGAUUCGGCUGGGCCCUCGGCUGGAAUUCCAUGCAGUAUCUCCUCACCGCGGAGCUGUUCCCCCUGCGGAUCCGUGCCCUCGCCACUUCCCUGGCCAUGACCCUGCACUUUGUCAACCAGUACGGGAACUCGCGUGCGGUGCCUAACAUGCUCCUCGGCACGGACCACGGCGGUAUUUCCCCGAUGGGUACCUUCUGGUUCUUCGCCGCGGUGACCAUCAUCGGUUGGUUUUGGGUCCUAUUCACCGUCCCUGAGACGGCGGGCCGUAGUCUGGAGACCAUCGACCGUCUGUUCGAGCUGCCCUGGUACAAGAUUGGUCUGUACGGCGCUCGGGAUGCCGAGCAGCGCGACAUGGUGAUGUCGGAUAAGGCGCAGAUUGCCGAGCAAUCCAGCAUGUCGAGAACGUGGGCGGCAGGGACAACACGACGAGGGUCUAGACGGGCUGUUUAA